AAUUGAAUUUCAAAUAGAAAUCUGCAAAGUCGGCCUUGGAGAUCCAACAAAUCGACCCUUUUUUGUAAAGUGUUUAAGGUUUGUUUUCAUUAGGGAAGAGAAGAAGAAGCAGAAAAGAUUUUCUGAUGGGGCGUUGGAUGAAGCCAGAGGUGUAUCCCCUACUAGGAGCCAUGACAUUUGUAACAAGUAUGUGCAUCUUUCAACUUACCAGAAAUGUUUUCCUAAAUCCUGCGGUCAGAAUCAAUAAAUCUGACCGUAGCAAGGCAGUGCUAGAAAACUAUGAGGAAGGAGAAAAAUAUGCUGAACAUGGACUUCGCAAAUUCCUCCGAACCCGCCCUCCAGAAGUCAUGCCUGCCAUUAACCAUUUCUUCUCUGAAGAUAAAUGAUCCUGACGUCAAGCUAUUGUAUGAAGUUUUAUUAUGGAUAGUCCUCGGUUUCCCUUUCUUUCUGGUUUGGAGGAAUUAUACGACAAAGGUUUUCUUGUUAUCUUAAUGUAAUGUAUUGAUAUUCUCAUCGAUGGUUUAAUAUAUGUCUUUUCUAAUCUAAAUAUAAUAUUAUCGAAAAUGUAAAAGGUAAUUUGAUUAUGGGUCUUUGCUGCUUGAACGGAAACGCUUCCUUUCUUACCAGCUUAAACUUUGAGACAUUGGACCUUCAAAUGAUAUUGAUCUUAUCGGGUCUGGCCUGAUUGACUUUGUCACUU